AUGUCCCAUGAAGAGAUUUCGGAUCUUCCCAUGGAGAUGAUUGUUCACAUUCUACAAUUUCUAACCGCACGAACCAUCAUAGGAUCAUGUAUUCGAGCUUCCAAACAAUGGGAAAAGGCCAUCGAACAUUUAACACUCUCUUUGGAUUUGAUCGGUUUAGGCCCCAAGCAAGAAUUCCGAGCAUUGUCACUUGCCACAAGCUCGCAUCUUCAACAUGUAACCACACUCAAUUUAUUUAACACAAAAAUUGGUAUCCGAGGAUUUGUAGCAAUUGCACAGAGUACAUACAUGACCCGUUUAACUCGCUUAAAUUUAGGAUUGUGUGAUGGCAGAGAUGAAGGAUGUUCAGCCAUUGCCGCGAGCCGAAAUUUGGAACAUUUAACAGAAUUGAAUCUCAUGUUCAACAAUAUGAAAGAACAAGCAUGUAGAGCCCUCGCACAAAAUUCCUGUCUCACUCGGUUACGAAGUCUCAAUUUGAGUGACAAUGCAAUUUUAGAAGGAGGAUGUUUAGCUCUAUGUCAAAGUCCAUACUUGAAAUUGGAGGAACUUGUGCUACGAUCAAAUAAUAUAGGAGAUCGUGCAUGUCAAUUCAUAGCAGCCGAUUCAAGUGUCAGUAUGAAAAAUUUGACACUUCUUAAUUUGUACAAAAAUGGAAUAACUAGAACUGGUGCAAAAGCGCUUGCAACAAGUUCAAACUUGAGCCACGUAACGGAAAUUGAUUUGGGCGAAAAUCCGUUGGAUCUCAUGGGAGUGACCUAUAUUGUUGAAAGUCAAUCAUUUCAUGCUUUGAAAUCCCUCAAACUUGAACAAGCCAAUGUUGGAGAUAUGAAUUGUAAAAUAUUGGCAAAAUGCAAAAAUUUGGAACAUUUAACAGAGCUCAAUCUGCAAAGUAACAAAUACAUUGGAAAUUUUGGAUGUAAAUAUUUGGCAGAGAGUCAAGUGUUGACCAAGUUGAAAAUUCUGAAUCUGGCAGGAAAUUCGAUAGGAAAUGAAGGAUGUAAAUUGUUAGCUUGUGCCAGUUGUUCAAGCAAUUUGCGAGAGUUGGACGUGACAAGAAAUGAUGAAAUUGAUGAGGAAGGACGUGCUGCUUUGCAGACAGGUUUUUCAAAUUGUAAAUUGUACAUGUAA